AGCAAUCUCCAUAUUAAAUGGUGGCCGGCCGGCUUCCUCAUCACAGUAUUUAGAGCACCACUUUCAGGUUUACACUAUCACCAUUUGCCGUGCCAGAAAGAAAAUGGAGCGCAACGGGUUUCCUGGCUUGUUACUAGUAGUACUCUCCAAUGUCAUUUUGCUGUUUUCCCCUGCAUCAGUAGUUCAUGGAUGGGGAGUCGACGGCCACUUCGCCGUCUGCAGGAUCGCUCAGCCUCGCCUGAGCGACGCUGCAGCGGCCGCGGUGAAGCAGCUGUUGCCUGAAGAUGCAGAGGACUUGGCCAGUCUGUGUUCGUGGGCGGACAAGGUCAAGUUCCGGUAUAAAUGGUCUUCUGCUCUUCAUUACAUCGACACUCCUGACAACCUCUGCACCUACAGCUACAACAGGGACUGCAAGGAUGAGAAUGGAGAGAAGGGGAGGUGUGUUGAUGGGGCUAUUCAGAAUUACACUACCCAGCUGCUUACUUACAACUCUGCUCAAUCCUCCAAAUCUGACUAUAACCUGACCGAAGCGCUUCUCUUCCUUUCCCAUCUCAUGGGAGAUAUCCACCAGCCGCUUCAUGUGGGCUUCACUUCAGAUAAAGGAGGCAACACCAUUAACAUUCAUUGGUACACAAGAAAGACUGUUCUCCACCAUGCAUGGGAUGACAACAUAAUAGAGACAGCAGAAGAACAGUUCUACAACUCCAACGUGGAGGACUUGAUUGGUGCAAUUCAAAAGAAUAUCACUUCGGGUUGGACUGAUCUUGUUCCGUCAUGGGAGGCCUGCGGUGGUAGUAAGACUGCAUGUCCAACUGUGUAUGCGACGGAAGGGAUUAAAGCAGCAUGUGACUGGGCGUAUAAAGGUGUGGAAGAAGGAUCGACUUUGGAUGAUGAUUAUUUCGAGUCGAGGUUACCAAUCGUGAAGUUGAGGCUGGCACAAGGAGGAGUUCGAUUGGCUGCUACUCUUAACCGAAUCUUCGGAUGAUCCGACCUGCUAUAGCCGAAACAUCUCUUUGGUCACCAUUUUCCUUUUCAUCCAAGAAUUAUGCUUUGGUUUGUAAAAAAAAUUGGUGGCUUAUUGUUACAUGAUUCUGUGGCCGCUUAAAGGGGGAGCCAUGAGAGAUUGUCAUCAUUGGAUCUUACACAAUGAAGUUGUAACUAUCUUAUAAAGUUUGGUAGCCAUCAAAAGGGCUCCAAUUCCCAUAACACCACAUAGAAAAAUCUUCGUUUGGAUGAGGAAUUCUAAUGGAUCAAUCUGACACAAUUGUCUCGUUUUGAGCCAAUUGUGCUAGAUUGAUCUGUUUGGCAGCAGAAAAUUUGGAUGAAGCAAUUUGGGUCGGAGAGUUUUGAAUUGACUCAUUUUGAGCCAAUUACAAUUGUCUGGGGUGGGGGCAGGUAAUCUGAAUUAACUCGUUUUAAAUGACUCGCUUUAUAAAAUGAAACAAUUGAU